CUUGUGUAUUGUGCAUGGAGAGAAAGCGAGCGAGAGAUGUUUGAUACAAUUACAACUACAGCGCAAUUUUUUCACCAGUGCAAUUAUAGCACACAAAACAACCAGAAGCAGGAAUUUUGAACAGAAUUUGUAAUUUGUACGAAGAACAGAAAGAAGAGCAAGUUUUUAAUAGAUAUUCCAUUGUAAUUUGCCCACACACAUAUUUCAAUUGCAUUUUGUGAACAAUGUCCUAUUUGUAUGAUCGAAGCAGAAAUGAUGAUUCAAUCAACGAUUCUGACAUGUAUCACCCGAGCGGUUUGGAACCGGAUGGUAUUCAAAUUAUCGAGAGCAAUUGGAGUGAGAUUAUUGACAAUUUUGAUGAUAUGAGUUUGAAAGAGGAACUUUUACGUGGGAUUUAUGGUUAUGGGUUUGAGCGGCCGUCGGCCAUUCAACAGCGCGCAAUUUUGCCGUGUGUUCGUGGUCGUGAUGUUAUCGCCCAGGCACAAUCAGGUACCGGAAAAACGGCUACAUUCUCUAUAGCAAUUCUGCAACAAAUCGACACAUCGAUUCUUGAUUGCCAGGCAUUGAUUUUGGCACCCACGCGCGAACUUGCAACGCAAAUUCAAAAAGUGGUCAUCGCUCUUGGUGACUACAUGAACGCGGAGUGUUUAGCAUGCAUCGGCGGAACCAAUGUGAAUGAGGAUAUGCGCAAAUUGGACAUGGGAACCCAUAUUGUGGUAGGCACUCCUGGUCGCGUGUAUGAUAUGAUUAGCCGAAAAGUGCUUCGCACUAAAUCUAUCAAGCUAUUUGUGCUCGACGAAGCCGACGAGAUGCUAAGCAGAGGUUUCAAGGAUCAAAUUUACGAUGUUUUUAAAUUGUUACCGUCUGAUGUCCAAGUAAUUUUGCUCUCAGCAACAAUGCCGAAUGAUGUUUUAGAUGUGAGCAAGUAUUUUAUGCGCGAACCGGUUCGAAUUCUUGUUAAGAAGGAAGAGCUCACAUUGGAGGGCAUCAAACAAUUUUUUGUGAAUGUCGAACGCGAAGAUUGGAAAAUUGGCACCCUAUGUGAUUUAUACGAAACGUUGUCAAUUACACAAUCCGUUAUAUUUUGUAAUACACGACGCAAAGUCGACUAUUUGACGGAAGAGAUGAGUGCAAAUAAUUUUACGGUGUCGGCAUUGCAUGGCGACAUGGAUCAGCGAGAACGUGAUUUGAUCAUGAAACAAUUCCGAAGUGGAUCAUCGCGAGUAUUAAUUACAACUGAUCUACUGGCACGAGGUAUUGACGUGCAACAAGUUUCGUUGGUCAUAAAUUAUGAUUUGCCAUCGAAUCGGGAAAAUUAUAUACACAGGAUUGGUCGCGGAGGUCGUUUUGGACGCAAAGGUGUUGCCAUCAAUUUUGUAACAGAAAAGGAUAAACGUACUCUGCAAGACAUUGAAACCUUCUACAAUACUCGUAUCGAGGAAAUGCCGGCGAAUGUUGCAGAUCUUUUCUAAAAAUACACUCGGUCCCAAUUUUAUUAAAAUUUGCGCAUUUACUCAAAACCAGCCACUCAAUCGAAGUCAUUGAUCAAAUUUCUUUUUAGCAAAAGCUUUGCAUACACGAAAACAAACAACAUUUAUUUGCUAAUCCAACAUUUUCUUAAGAUCCUCACCAUAUAUAUAAUAUAGCGACUGCACGAGCGCAAACAACACCUUUUCAACUUUUAUUCAUUACUCAAAAUGAAAACACACACACACAAAUACACUUUUCUAAGCAUGUAUUAUCAUUAUUAUUAUUAUUAAUAUUAUUAUCUUUGAUUGUUUUAUUGGUUGACCAGAUAUAUUUUAUCUAAUGUGAAAUUUAAUUUCAUUUUAUUUACACACAAGCAAACAAACUAAAAUCUGUUAUUAAAAGAAUAUCUUAUUUGUCAACGUGAAAUAAAAACAAAAAACAAACAAAUACAAAAUUAGAAAUGCAUUAGCAAUCCAACAAAAUAGACAUAGUAGAAUUUAAGAUUUACUAACUUAAUUAAGUCUGUAGGCUCCAAAUAGCAUUACAAAAUAAAAACAACGUCUCUCAAUUAUAAUAACUUAAAAAAAUUGAGUUAAUUUCAAUCAUUACACCAAUAUUUAAUUUGUGCAUGAUUUUUCCAAUUAUAGCUCGUUUUAAGUACACGUACGAACUCACGGUAAUAAAGAGUCCACCACGAACUCACGGCAUUGAAAAGUUGUUCACGAAUAAUUAAAAUAUAACCUUUUCUUUUUCAUUUUUUUUAAUGAAUAUUUACUCUGAACAUAAAAAAGAAACUAAUUAAAAAAGUAACAAACCGAUGGAA